AUACUAGAAAAGCAUUUAUUACCUUUGAUAAAUAAGAAAUUUAAUGGUAAGAGAUAUCUGUUUCAGGAUGAUAAUGAUGAUUUUCUCGAUAAAAUAAUCGUUGAAGUCAAUGAUUUAUUUUUGAAAAGAGCAGAUUAUGGAUAUUAUUUUGGGGAAAUAACCGAAGAGAUUGAAGAGUAUUUGAUGGAAAAAAGAAUUUCGCCCGAAAAUUUUUUUGAAUUAGUAAACCAAGAAAGGUAUUCUAAUCAAUAUCCUAAUCUGUUUGGCUUUUGUUAUGAGAGAGGAAUUGGGAAUACGAUGGAUUGGAAAAAAGCAAAACUUUUUUAUGAAAGAUCUGAAGAAAGUGGUGAUCAUUAUGGAGAGUGGUUGCUUGGUUAUAUGUAUCUGAACAAUCAUGAAACAAUGGAUGUCAAUAAAGGUCUCUUUUUGUGUAAGAAAUCGGCUGAUGCAGGAAACGCACGUGCACAAUUAAUACUCGCGGAAUUUUAUGCGUGGA